AUGGAUGCCCAAUGUUUAAAUAUUAACCAAAACAAAUUCAACAGUCGUCUGAUUUCUGUGCAUGUUGGGCCUUGGUUGAGGGAUAUCCAGACCUCAUCUUCCUUAUGCAACGCUACUGGUGCUGCUCAUAAUUUGACAUUUGAUGGCAACUCUAAUGAUGAACAACCAGCAAACUCUACCAUUUUGUCUGACCAACCAAAAGCUCUGAUGCUACCUUCAGGAUCAUGUUACCUGCCACAUCCUGAUAAGGAGGCGACAGGAGGAGAGGAUGCCCAUUUCAUUUGUGAAGAUGCACAAGCAAUUGGUGUAGCAGAUGGUGUGGGUGGAUGGGCAGAUGUUGGUGUCAAUGCUGGAUUCUUUUCAUGUGAACUUAUGUCUCAUUCUGUAAGGGCAAUUCAAGAGGAACCUGAGGGCUGCUUUAACCCCGUCAGGGUGUUAAAGAAGGCGCACUCAUGCACCAAAUCAAAGGGUUCCUCAACAGCUUGCAUUAUUGGCCUUAAGGAAAAGGUUUGUUUUUUCAUUUUGACUAACCUUUCCUGCAGACCUCUAUAAUUUGUCGGGAUGCUUUUCCAAUUUUGACCAUGUUAUGAAAGAUGUGAUCUGGUUUGUGGAGACAAUCAUGUGUGGCUGCAUUAUACUGCUGACAUAUAUGGACAUAGAUGAUAUUGGCGUUUAGUAUAUAUCCGUUACUAUACGCAAAUCAGGGUUCGAAAUACGUCGAGGAAGAACAUAAAUACUUUCUUUAAUUGUAAUACGCUACAGAACGAUUCAAGAGUCUUGUUACAGUCAUAGAUCAUACCUCAAAACAACAGAUAGAUGAACAUACCUUAGGAUUCUCGAGUACUUUCUUGAUAAUUGUUUGCCUGUGGCUGGUUUAGCAGUUCUACAGGGUUUGGCCGGUUUGCCUCCAGCAUUUUGCAAUUCUGUUGCAAGUGCAGCCCUCUAUAAUUGAAUGCGGUUCAUAAUUGUAUUUAUGGAUAAUCUUCCGGAAGUAGUGGGCUGCAGUCUUCCAUAUACAUAGUAAUUGCUGAUUGCAAGC